CAGGAGGCCUGGAGGGGUAUUUAUAAGAUUUACACACUUGUCCUCCCGAAGAUCGCGGAGGUAAAAAACUUCCACCUUCGCAAAAAUUUUUCUCUCCUUUAAUUCUUUAAUCUUCCCGCGUUUCUCCCUCCUCAAAUACUGCAGUUUUGCAGUUUCCAGCUUCAGAUGUGUAUUCGCGUUAUCUUCUCCUCCUCCUUCUUCUUCUUCUUCCUUCUCGUCUCUUUGCAUUUCCCUACGAGGUCUUCAAGCAAUGGAAGUACAGAAGAGGAGGAGACAUUAGCUAUGGUAAAGCCGGAUGGAGUGUUAGGUAAUUACACUGAAAGAAUAAAAAAUGCUGUUGUGGAGUCUGGUUUCAGCAUCAUUAGGGAAACUGUCAUUCAACUUGAUGAGCACCGUGCCUCGACCUUUUAUGUUGAGCACUCUUCAAAAAGCUUCUUUUCAAGUCUUGUCAAAUACAUGACAAGUGGUCCAGUGUUGGUUAUGAUAUUGAAGAAGGAAAAUGCAGUUGCUGAUUGGCGUGCUAUAAUUGGACCAACUGAUGCACGAAAAGCUAAGAUUACUCACCCUCACAGCAUCAGAGCAAUGUGUGGCUUGAAUGCAGAAAAGAAUUGUGUUCAUGGUUCAGACUCUCUUGAAUCAGCUCGAAGGGAAAUUUCCUUUUUCUUUGGAGAGAUAUCCACAGGGGAAGCUGUUGGAGUGCAUGACGAACUCUGAAUGAUGCAAAGAACUUAUGCAAGAGUACAGUUACAUACAGGGUUAAUCUCAGUGGAAGAUGGUAGCAUUUAAAGGAAUGAACUUCAUUGCAGAAUACUAUGCUGGAGUUCAGAAUGAAUCAAAAUGGGCAGAUCACAGGGAUUCUAUUUCAAUAAAUUAAAUUUAUUCUUAUAAUGGCAUUGGAAACUGCAUUUUAGCGGUAAAACCCUUUCAGCAUGUGUGCUAAGUGCAGCUAGAUAUAUCAAUAAAUGCAUGCACAAAAAGAGGAGAGAUUAGGAUGAACCAAUUCCCAAAAGAUAAUGCAGCUCUUGCUAAGCUAUUGCGUACCAUGAACCAAGUCCCAAAAGGUAAUGCUUUGCUAAGCUUUAGCACGCCAUUGUCUACUUUAUAUUUCAAUUUAAUACUAGCAACUUGCGAGGAAAGUCCACUUUAUUAAAUUAAAAUGAGAGGCUCAAGGUAUACUUUAGUCACUCCAAGAAAUAAAGAUGAAUUUUGGA